CACAUCUGUUAAGUAAUGAUGCGAGUUCGUCGGCUCAGCCUGUAGUCCCGCUGAGCCGUGUCCGUCACAUCAUCCAUCCCGAUCAUGAUGUGGUGGCUUCUGCUUUUUCACCUGGCUGUUUCUAUAGCGGCUCCACUGCCAUGUGAGGAGGAGGUGGUCCGCCUGGAAGCGCAGAUCCAAGGCUUGAAGAAUGUGAUUGAUGAGCAACAUCGAUACAUCCUGGAGCUCCACAACAGCCAGUCCCAGCUGCUACAGCAGAUACCCAACACUCACCUGGGCCCAGACAACCAGUACAGAGACUGCUCUGAGGUGUUCGCAGGUGGGAAUGUAGCCAGUGGGCUCUACGUGAUUCGACCAGAUAAAUCUCCAACAGCCUUCAGUGUAAACUGUGAUAUGAACAACGGGGGAGGGUGGACUGUGUUCCAGCGCAGGAGAGACGGCAAGGAGAGCUUUGACAGAGCGUGGGUGGAGUACAAGCAUGGUUUUGGAGACAUCUUCUCUCCCGAUGGAGAGUUCUGGCUCGGCAAUGAUGCACUUCAUCAUCUCACCUCUCAAGGAAACUACGACCUGCGGAUUGACAUGGAAGACUUUGAGGGAAACCAGCGCUUUGCUGAGUACAAAAACUUUAGGGUGGAUGAUGAAAAGGACCAGUACCAGUUACAUUUGGGAAAAUAUGCCGGGAAUGCAGGGGACGCAAUGGCCUCCACUCCCAGAGACCCAACAAUUCUGGGGUUGGAUGGAAUCAACUUCAGCACCUACGAUCAUGUGAGCGAGGAUGGCACCGAUAAGGAUGCUCAGUGUAUCCGACACAGCAAGUCUGGAUGGUGGUUCAGCAGGUGUGACUCUGGUAACCUGAAUGGCCACUACUACAAGGGACCUUACCAAGCGAUGACUGACGAUGGGGUGGUUUGGUACACUUGGCACGGCUGGUGGUACUCAAUCAAGUCUGUGGUCAUGAUGGUGCGAGCAGCUGACAUGGAAUAUCCUCUGCUUGUCAAUGCUCCAGCACCGGAAGACUUACAUCACAGCAAAACACCAGGUGGCGCCAGCGAUCACCCCACUGGCCACUGACAUCACAACAGCUUUUCUGUCAGCAAU